AUGGCGUCCGGGCCCGCUUCGACCGCAGAGAAACCGUUUCCCUUACUACGUCUUCCCCUCGAACUCCGCGAAGCCAUUUACAGUUUAUACUUCAAGCCCGCUGAUCGUCUCGUGCAAAGCCACUCGCUCGAAGCGCAGGGAUACUAUGGCGGAGUUUACAAUAUCGAAUUGGCUCUCUGGAGGGUGAACAAACAGGUGUAUCAAGAGUCAAAGAGGGUGUGGAAACGAGAGAAUAUCUUUGUCAAGAUUGCGACGCCAUGGCCUAGUGCGGUAAAUCAUAUCUCCACCGAAGGCCUCGUCCCCAUCCUGUGCACCGAUCACCGCGCCGACGCGUUCACCUCGCACCACGCCCUGGUCCAGAUAUCAGCGCCAUUCCACCAAGCGGUUCCAGAACAUACCGUCGUAGUCCUGUUGGAUGAUCUUCACCUGUUUACGCGAACGUGGUACUACAGCGCGCUAUCCCAUCCAAUGCUAAACGACCGCCUAUCCACCACUUUCGUCCUCCGGGAUCCAGACUCCAAGGAAACAGCAGGAGACGGAGACCAAACACCCACGAAGGAUAUCAGCCUCGCGCUGCAGAAGAGAUUGCUGUUGCCAUUCGAGCAGGUCAAGGGCCUGUACCACAUGGAAGUCACCGGCUACGCGCAAGAAGUUAAACAAGAGCUAGAGCGCCGCAUGGCAAUACCCAUUCCAACAGUACAACAUUGCUGCGAGAGCGCUGCCGAUCUCAUGACGCAGGGCGAUGCUGCACUCGCCGCUAACAACGGCGCGGAAGCCUUGGACCUGUACAGAAGAGCGUUCCUUGCAAUUCACAUUCUAAUCCACGGCCGCACACGGCGUGUCCUAGCCGACGUCUUCUUUCACGAAGGCAUCGAGCAUGGCCGGUUUGCCGGGCAGACAGGAAUGACUAUCCGCGUUGUCCUGCGCCUCAAACUUGUUUCGCGCACCAUCGCCGCACACCUCCAGCUCGCACAAUGGGGCGAAGCAGCAUACUGGGGUAUGCGAUCCAUACGCAUAAUGCGAGAAGCCAUGGAUACCGAGUUUGAAGACUACUUGACUGAUUUGCUAGGGGAAUGUGUUGUUGGGCUCAUUUACGUACGCGCUGCCAUAGCGUUUCGGAAUAUGGAGGGGGCGAGGGGAGACUGGAAUAACGAGUUGGAGGCAUAUGUCGAGGAGCCAAUUGCGAAUAGCGAGAGGUUGUGGGGGUUAGCGGUGAGGUAUAUGAAGAAUCAGAAUAAGGAGGUGGUGCGGAAGGAGUUGGAUCGUUUCAAAGUACCAGAGCGUGUUGUGCUGAUGUUUAGAGAUGAGGAGAGGUCGGUUGAUGAACAGUCUACUUUGUGCCAGGAUGGGAGUGGGGAGGAGUAG